UCUGGGGCUCCGGCAGACGCUGCAUGAUCUUCUGGAUUGGAACCAAGGCUUACUUUUAUUUAAUCUAUUAUUUUUGCUUAGCCUGCUCACUGGAUGAUGGAUCGGGUCUCUUCCUCCCUCCGGCGGAUUCAAAGGAACUGAGAAACCACCUGUUGGAUGUUUCCAACUGAAUCCAAACAGCCGCAAUCUGUGACCGGAGACUUGUGCGGGUGUCCCGAGGACAUGUCAGCCUGGUGCCCGGGUCUCCGCUGAGGCGGACGGAUGGCUCGGGAGGACGCAGUGCGGUGUCUCCGCUGUCUGCUGUUCGCGGUCAACAUCUUGUUCUGGCUGAUGUCGCUAUGUAUCCUGGGAGUAGCAGCAUGGAUCAGAGAUUACCUGAACACCGUCCUGACCUUGACAGCCCACACCAGGCUAGAAGAAGCCGCCAUAGUUACGUACUCAACAGCAGUCCAUCCUGUCAUGAUCGCUGUCUGCUGCUUCCUCAUCAUCGUGGCCAUGGUUGGAUACUGCGGGACGCUGCGAUGCAACCUGCUGCUGCUGAGCUGGUAUUUCGGCAGCCUCUUGGUCAUCUUCUGUGUAGAGCUGGCGAGUGCAGUCUGGACCUAUGACGAGCCGUCUGUGCAGCGUUCUGACAUGAUCAGUCUCAAGUCCAGGAUGUCAAACUUUGGCCUGCAGCGGCACCAAUGGCUCACUCACACCUGGAACACCUUCCAAUCAGAGUUCCAGUGUUGCGGGGUCAUCUACUUCACCGAUUGGCUGGAGAUGACAGAGAUGGAGUGGCCACCAGACUCCUGCUGCUCCAAUCAGUACCCAGGCUGCGCUGGCCACGCCUACAGCAAUGACCUCAGUGACCUUUUUCAAGAGGGCUGCGGACCGAAAAUCUACAGUUUUGUUCGUGGGACAAAGCAGCUCCAGGUUUUGCGUUUCCUGGGAGUGUCCAUCGGCGUCGCUCAGAUCCUCGCCAUGGCUCUCACGCUCAUGCUACUCUGGGCGCUUUACUACGGACAGAAGUCUCCAGAGUCUGCGCCGUCUCCCGAUGCGCCUGCUGAAAUACCCAGCUGUGGUCAGGACUGCACACAUGCCCCCAACAUGACCAACGCUCUGUCCGAUCCAGACGAACACCUCUUAGAGAUGCAAAGACUGAUGUAGCAGAGGAAACAUCCAGGGUCAUAUGGAUGAAUGGCACGUGACUGAAAAGAAUAUUUAUUUAACUUGAAAGUGCCUUUACUCAUCAUCAUGAGAAACUGUGUCGCAAAGGUCAAGACAUCCCAACAGUAAGACUUUUCUCAGGUUGUUUUUCUUCCCUGGAUGUCGUCAUGGUAACGUGCUAUUCAGGAAAACACAGAGGCAAAUGAACUUUCUCUCGCAAUGGAAUGUUUAUAUAUCAUACAUAUCUGAAGGUUGGUGUUAAAUAUUUUGUAUCAGAGCUCCAGAGAAUAAAGCUGCAUGUGGGUUGACCGUUGUCUGCAUAAGAUUUUAGCAUUAAAAAAACUGCAUUUUUGUGACUCAGAAAUAUUUUGUGACAGAAAGAUGGUACACUUUAUCUUCCAUGUUCCAGACUACAUUGAUG